AUGUCAGUGCAUCCGGUGCCCGAUAUCGCCUUGUAUGAUUUUGAGCGUGCGCCCCCACUCGGCGUGCACGGAGCAGACGCAGAUGCGGGCUUCGCGAAUCGAGAAGGCGGAUUCACUAUUUGUGUGUGGGCAAAUACGGGGCCCACCGACGGUGGGCAUCUGCGGCCGCCAGAGGAGGCGGCGUCGGCUGCAUGCACGCAAAAGGCCAUCCUGGCCCAACCAUCGACUGCAGAAGAGGAGGAAGGUUCCAGGCUUGACUACUAUGUUACCAGACGCAUUCGGGUUCGCUCGUAG